AAAACAAGUUAAAUGACAAUAAAUAAGCGUUUUAUUCAUAAAUGUGAUAUCUUGUGACACAUAUAAGGAAAGCCUGUCCCAAAGCAAGAUGAUUGACAGCUUUCCCCUUCGAAAAUGAGCAAAAGGUAAAUGGCAACGUACAAAAAAAACAAUUAACCAAACUUUAAAAUAUGAACAGACAAUGAGCAAAACUUUAUGCAUACAGAAAUACAUGAAAGUGAAAUUAACCAAAAAAAGGAGGCACAAAGGGGGAUAUAUUAAGAAAUCGCAGUAAUGAUUUAGUAAUGAGUAUACCAGUCAAAGGUUUGGACAUAUUUAAUUCAAAAAGAAAAUGGAUCGAGACCUUGGACUGGAACUGGUAUUAUUGGUUUAUUCUGGUUUCAGACAGGUUUGUGAUAUAUUAUAUAAAAGUCAGCUCUCACCUCGUGGCUCAUUUCCAUGACGGACUCUCUAUUGGCUGCGCGCAGAGCUCGCAGCUGAUUGGCUGAGGGAAAGUGAUGGGCUUCUCUUAUCGAAGCUCGCACACACACAAAAACACGGACACACACUCACAUACACACACACGCACACACAAGACCUCGCGUUUUAUUUUUGUCGGACACAAGGUGGAGCGGCUGAGGACCUGUGGACUGAUGAGAGGCGCUCUGCUCCGACCGGAAGUUGCAGACCUCGAAGAGCUUUAUGAUGGAUGACUUCAUCGCGGGAUGCAUCGGCGGAGGCUGCAGCGUUGUUGUGGGCCAUCCGCUGGACACAGUAAAGACGCGGCUCCAGGCGGGGAAAGGCUACAAGAACAGUUUCCACUGCGUCCUCACCAUCUACAGAAAGGAGACCGUGACGGGCUUCUUUAAGGGCAUGUCCUUUCCACUGGCCAGCGUCACCGUGUACAACUCGGUGGUGUUCGGCUUCUUCAGCAACACGCAGAGGCUCAUCAGCCAGUAUCGCUAUGGCGACGGCCGGCGGCCCUGCAGCAUGGCGGACCUGACCUUGGCCAGCAUGCUGACCGGUCUGAUGUCGGUGGGCCUGGGGGCCCCCGUGGACCUGGUCAAGAUCCGACUGCAGAUGCAGACGCAGAUGGUUCUCGCGGAGAACCUGCACCUCGCCACCAACGUGCCGAGCGGCACCACCAUCCCCCUGCGCUCCGUCGCCCUCCCCGCCCCGAGGCUGUACCGGGGGCCCGCGCACUGCAUCGCCAGCAUCCUGCAGACGGAGGGCCUGCAGGGCCUGUACAGGGGCGCCGGCGCCAUGAUCCUCAGGGACGUGCCCGGGUACACGCUCUACUUCAUCCCUUACACCCUCCUCUGCGACCUGCUGAAGCCCGACGGCACCUCCAGCCUGCACCCCGGCUCCAUCUGGCUGGCCGGAGGACUCGCAGGGUCCAUCUCCUGGGUCACGGCCACGCCGGCCGACGUGGUGAAGAGCCGCCUGCAGGCGGACGGCCAGCUGCAGAGGAAGUACAAGGGCAUCGUGCACUGCAUCGUCAGCAGCUACCGGGCGGAGGGCGCUCAGGUGUUUUUUCGCGGUGCGUCGGUCAACGCCGUCCGAGGCUUCCCGAUGAGCGCCACCAUGUUCUUGACCUACGAGCUCUCCCUGCGCUUCUUCAGGAGUUUCUAGGACGGGGCACCAUGUCGGGGGGGUGGGGGGGCGUGACUGAAAUCAGAUAUGCAAACAGGCCGCAGUGUCUUUCGGACACCAGACCGUCACGCUAACCUGCGCUUAACAGUUUGACCUCUGCGACGACCUUAAUCAGCGAUUGGUUGUUUCAUUAUUGGAGCGUGAUUACUGAUUGAUUGGGUAGUGACAAAUUUGAUGAAAAGUUAUAUUAUUCAUCACAGUGGAUGUAAAAAAAAAAAAGUUUCUUCACAUUUGAGUAAAUUACUUUAAUAGAAAUGGUCUUUUUCUGCACAAUAGCUAUGUUCUAAAUAGUUUUCUUGACAUGUAAAUAUUUGUAAAUAUGUAAACUGCCAUUUCAGAUGGCAGAGAGAGAAAAGCGUUUUAUUGUAAAUAAAGCUUUGAAACAGA